UUCAGGUCCUGUUCGUGCCUCUGCUGUGUACCCUCUGACGUCAAGAACACGUGGACGUGAUAUCAGUCUGUUUGGAAAUCCCCCGGGGAUCCCUAGGAACGUUCGAUUUGCCCCAGGCCCCGAUAGAAAACCCUACGGUUCCUAUCAGUUCUUUGGUCGAUCCAACAGUUACAUUGAAUUUCCAAAUCGGGGCAAGAUAGACACCAAGCGAUCAAUCACUUUGUUGGCUUGGAUUUACCACGAAGGCCGCGACGGACCCAUCUUCAACUACAUGCCGAACGGCUGGGGCGUGCACUUUUGGAUGAUUUCACCGAGGACCCUUUUUGUACGGUUUACGCGCCGUAGAGGACGUCGAUUCACCAAAGCAGUGAUAAGCAGGCGAGUCGUGCCGAGGCGAUGGCAGUUUGUUGGUGCGACUUACAACCAACGGACAGGACGAGCGAAGUUGUUUGUCAAUCGAAGGUUUACUGCUAGUAAAUAUAUCGGUAGGAUACGACUCGCGACUAACUACCCGGUGAGAAUGGGCGCCCGUAUCGGUGACAGGAGGUAUUUCCGAGGACGAAUCUCGUGUAUGCAGGUGUAUGAUCGGGCCCUCACAGCGAGACAGAUCUUGCGUAGGAAAAGGAGAUGCUUUAGAAAAGGUCCAGUCAUCGUUCCUGGCGUUCCAAGUGGUCCAAUUCGGUCAGCUGGAAAAGUUUGCCAAGCUAAGCUCGACAUCGCUUUCGUCCUCGAUGGUUCCGGAAGCAUCGAGGCCUACGGCAGAGGAAACUUCAAACGCUGUCUCGACUUUGUGAAACGAUUGGUCGUUUCCUUCAAACUCGCCAGGAGAUUUACUCGUGUCGGUGUAGUGCUGUUCUCGUACCGUCCCCGUCUCAUAUUUAGGUUCAGUACCUACAGCAGGAAGCGAGAUAUCCUCAGAGCCAUCGACAGCAUCAAAUACCCAAGAGGAGGUACCAAAACAGGGCUAGCGAUGUAUUAUGCGCAGCGGGUUCUGUUUAGGCGCAGGCGCGGUAGCCGAAAGUCGGUGAUGAUCGUGAUGACGGAUGGUCGUUCCCAGGACCGCGUGAGCGGAGCCGCCCGUACGCUCAAGAGGAAGCGUGUGACGAUAUUUGCUGUCGGUAUUGGCAAACGGUACAAUAUCAACCAACUGUUCCAGAUAGCGACGUCGAGAAGACAUGUUUACACGGCUGGAUUUAGGAAUUUGCCGUCAAUUGUCAGGGUUAUCAAGACAAAGGCUUGUGCAGGUAAAGGAAUUUUGUUGUAAGCUGUUUGUGUGUUUUUUUGUGUGUGUUUGUUUUUUCCUUUUUUUAUGUUCAAACCUUUUCGAAUUCUAAUUGGUGUCAUAACAAAGCUGAUACCAGCUCAGGUAAAAUGUCCAGUAUUUCAGUCCGUCUAUACCGAUCAUUGUAACAAAAAAAAUUAGG